AAUGAUUUUUGCGCAGGUGGUGACGCCACAGAAAUGCGGCGACGUGUACCUUUACGAUCUUCCAGCGAGCCGAGGAAGUCCAGCUCCACCCUCCAGACACGAUUCACCCUUGAACUCGAAUAACGAGCAUUUACACAACUCAGGCCGAUACACGACGAGCAGCAGGAAUUCCGUGGACAACGGUGGCGACGUGAGCGAUUGUUACGACGUGCCACCACGAGCCAUCCCCGUGAUUCCAUCGCCAGCGAGCAGUCCAAGCCCUGCACCUUCGUGCUACGACAUCCCAAGGCCGCCUACCUCCUGCACGCCGAUCUCAAACUGCUCGGGAGGAUCGGGCGUGACGCCUCUCGAUUGCUACGACGUGCCCAGGCCUCUGCAACCCCUCACCCCGAGCAGCUCGGCGUCCAGCCUUACCAACGAUGGAUCCCUCAGCGGAUCGAACCGAUCCAGCCUGGCUGCUCCGGAUUACGAUGUACCUAGAUCGCGUCUUCCAGCAUCCUCGUUACCGUCCCGGCACAAUACGCCCGUUCCCAAAACACCGACACCUCCACCCCCGCCGCAAACCCAGCAGAUCUACGACGUUCCAGUCAGCAAGGAGCUUCCUCUGGAGCUGGACUCCGCUUUGGAAGGCCUACAAAGGCUGCAGAGCGAGGCGUCCGCCGCGAUAGCGAGGCUAUUAGGAUUCGUCAGCCCCGUAUGGAGAACGCCUCAGCGAUUAGACGCCACUCUGAUGGAUCUUAGGCUCGCCGCCCUCAGACUCAGAACGUCGUUGCACGAUCUGGCUGAAUUCGCCGAAGGCACGCUUGGGAAUGCGGGGAAAGCGCCGGACAAGGGAUUGGCCACGAAGCUGCGACCGCUGGUCAAGGCUCUCCGCGAUUCCGACAAGCUGGUGCAGGAAGCCGCGACCGAGCUCGACGCGAUGGAAUGGGACGCGAGCAAGCUGUGUCGCGGGGGUGGCGAUACCCCGACACCCACUAACGGCCCGCCUUCCUCCAUCUUGCCACCGGCGCAACCGGAUCCGCUCGAUCAGCUGAUCGCGUGCGCCCGGGCGCUCACGGAAGACGUUCGUCAGGUCGCCAGUUUCAUUCAGGGUAAUUCGACGCUUCUGUUCAAACGGUCGUCGAUCAUCUCUACCGGCAGCAGCAACAAUAGCGGGGCAGGCGAGGAUUACGAUUACGUGAACCUUGACUCGAGAGAGGUGGUGGCGAAGCAACGCGAGGAAGUGAGAGCAUCCCUGCCCCAGGAGCUUCGCAGCAAUUACGAUCUGCUGGUAUCCGAGUCGGACAAUGCCACGAUUCAAAUGCCACCCACGACACCGACACCCAUGGACCCCAACGACAAACAAUUGUUGGCUUUCUAUGCCGCCCAGGUGAUCACGCAUGGCAAUCACUUGACUCACGCGAUUGACGCCUUCAUGCAGACGGUCGAGCACAACCAGCCACCAAAGGUAUUCCUAGCGCAUGGAAAGUUCGUGGUGCUGAGCGCUCAUAGGUUGGUACACAUCGGUGACACGGUGCACAGAAACGUUAUUAGGAACGACGUGAAAACACGCGUGCUAGAGUGCGCAAACGCGUUGAACGAAGCACUGAAACAGACAGUGUCGAAGACGAAACAGGCAGCUCAAUUCUUUCCAAGCGUGUCCGCCGUUCAAGAAAUGGUCGACAGUGUUGUGGACGUCUCCCACUUGGCCAAGGAUUUAAAGGUCGCGAUAAUCAACGGGGCGCAACAACCUUGAACAUCCAAAGAUCGGGUCCUAAUCUCUGACAUAAACGAGGGGAAAAAAAGGAGGAAAGAACAAAUUUGGAUAUGUACGAGCUGAAAAAGGAUUUGUCGUUUUUAUUUUGGAAAAAGAGGCUACGUUGCGUUGAAUUCACGACACCUCUGACAAGUUCCUUGGAUUGAUUGACAAUCCUAAUGAUCAAACAGUUACUAUCCAUUAGGAACGUAUACGAACUAUAGUAGAAAUGAUAAAAAAAAAAAAGGAGGAAUAAAAAAUUUGUCAUAGAUCAUGUAUUCAUUACAGAUUUGAUAGAAAGAAAAGAACGACUCAUCCGUUAGGAUAUCGCGAUGCUUAAUCAUCCAAUCAAAAGGAGAGAUAAUAUCGUGAAGAAAAAAUGAAGAAUAAAGUGACUAAACGACGAUAAAAAUUAAAAUUGAUAGAUUUGUUUGAAUAAAUACGAAUGAAUAUAGAUU